CUUAAUUGUCCUCCCAUCACUGUCUGACAAUGUCUUUAUCUACUCAGACGUUUGGUUUUCUCUUCAUCUGUUUUCACUGUCAGGUGAGCGCUGUUACAUUUCAACCAUCUCCUCCUCAGAUAGUGAAGGAGAAAACCGAUGUCAGGAUCAACUGCAGUCACAAUGAUAAUAGCCUUCAGCUAAUGCUCUGGUAUCAGCAACUACCGGACACUCUGUCUUUGACCCUCAUUGGGUAUGGAUACGCACAAAGCCCCCCAGUCUAUGAGGGAUCCUUUGAGAAACAAUUCCAGCUGACAAAAGAAGACAUAACAACAGGGGCACUAAUCAUUUCGAGUGUGAACACAUCGCACACUGCUGUUUAUUUCUGUGCUGCCAGUACACAGCACUUAGUCCCCACAUGGCAGGGCACUGAGGUACUGGAGACGGUCCAGAAGGCUCUAAAGCCCCUUCAGGAGUUCACGGAUGCUUUGUCAGGGGAGUACUAUGUGACCCUUUCCUAUGUCAGACCUGUCCUUCAUCUUUUCAGCACGAGUACCCUGGCAGUGGAGGAAGGUGACAGUGAGCUGUGCAGUUUACACUGUGACACUGCCAACGAAGCGUACUUUGGAAAAGGAACCAAACUGACGGUUUUAGAGUAUGACGUCAAAGAACCAACGGUGGAAGUGUUUAGGCCGUCGUCAAAACAGUGUCUGAACCUGAAGUCUGAAGAAAAGGAGAAGACUUUACUUUGUGUGGCCAGUGACUUCUACCCAGACCACAUCAGCGUGUCCUGGGAGUCUGGCGGGGUGGCGGUCACCACAGGGGUCGCGACUGACAGCUUUGCCGCACGGGACGGCGAGUUCUACAAGAUCAGCAGCAGACUGAGAGUCAAUGCCGAAGACUGGUACGAGAAGGAAUACGAGUGUAUCGUCACAUUCUUCAAUGGGACAAACUAUAACAAUCAUAAAGCCAACAUCUAUGGUGAAGAAGCUCCAAAAGACUUCCAUAUCAGAGAAAAAUACCUGAGGGCCACACAGACAGCCAAACUCUCCUACACCGUGUUCAUCAUCAAGAGCAGCAUCUACGGAGCCUUUGUGGCGUUUCUGGUCUGGAAACUUAAGGGUUCAAGUGGAAAACAGAACGGCUGAGAGACGAGCAGACGACAACGAACGACUGAAUAAUCCCACACGUAUAUAAGUGGGAUAUUUAAAUUCCGCUCCCGUUCUUUCUGCUUCUUCCUGUUACAUACUCUGCAAAUAAAGCAAACAAGCAGAUUUUUAUGGAUUGAAUGUGUUUUCCUUCUCAAUAAAAGUGUUUCAGAUAA